AUGUCGGUUCGACCAGUGGGUGUAAAUAGUUCAGUUUCAAGAUUAAUUCGUGAUACUUGUGGUCACAAAAAAUGUCGUCUCUGCUUAGUAAGAGAAGAGAAAGGGUGUCUAGCUUGUGAAGCAAAAGAAAAUAGUGAGAGUCAAGAAUCAAAUAACGAAAACCCAGAUUCUCCGGAUGCCCUUGCCAUAAAUUCUGAUGAAUCUUCAGAAGUUAUCACGACAGAGAACAAUCCAUCUGAAGCAAAUAUUGGAGAGCCAGCCAAAGUGAUUCAAGAAAAUGUCUCUCCUGAGAAAGCUAGUUUUGUUUCAAAGACUGUGAAAAAUAAAAAACUUUCGCUUCAAAGCCACAUAGUUGUACUACCUGGUACUCCACAAAAAUAUCGUUGUACUAUUUGUAAUAAAGAAUGUUCAUCAAAAUAUACUGUUCAGUACCACAAUUACUGUGGAUCUAAAAACAAACGAUUUAAGUGUGAAACAUGUGAUAAAGGAUUUGUUACAAAGUCACAUUAUGACUAUCAUAUGAAAUCUCACAAAGGUAUCCUACCUUAUGUCUGUUCCAUAUGUGGAAAGGGAUUUAAGCAGAAGGGAAAACUUCAAAGACACUCUAUUCAACAUUCUGAUGACCGACCUUUUGUGUGCCAAGAAUGUGGUAAAACAUUUAGAUACUAUGAAUCCUUGAAAAGCCAUCAAAGAGUGCAUAAAGGAGAGAAACCGCAUGUAUGCCAAUUAUGUUCCAGAUCUUUUACUGAAUUUUCCAAUUAUAAGAAACAUGUUAACAUUGUUCACAAAGGUGAGAAAGCACACAUGUGUGACACAUGUGGAAAAACAUUUGCUCUUAGAAGGACUUUAAUACUUCAUAUUUCAAUGGUUCACCAUCACGAUCGGAAUUAUUUCUGUAAUACAUGUAACAAACCAUUUAAUUUGAAGAAAGACUUGAAACGCCAUGAAGUAGUGCAUUCAGUGGUUCAGCCACAUAGUUGCACGUUAUGUGGCCAGGGAUUUCGCCGGAAGGAUAACUUUGAAAGGCAUAUGAAAAACACGCAUCCAGAAACAAGAAUGGUAAUUGUUGGAACUUUUAAGCAAAAGCCAAGCGCUAAUAAAGCAGCAGCUGAUAAUAAUCAGAAAAACAAACAUAAAUCUAAUGAAAAUGGUGAAGUUAUUGAGAAGAAUAUUCCAUCACCAAUUCCCCCAUCACAAACUGUUGAUCCAGAAACUUUGCGUUCUAUAACAAAAAUUUCAGAUGAAAAAAGGAACUUGUACAAGGCAAGAGAAGAUAAAUUUUCAGAACAUAACAGGGAAACAAACUCUUCAAAUUAUAUGGAAACUGAUAUGCAGAGUAACUAUUCUACAGCAAAUCCCAAUACCUCAUUAAUUCAGGAAUCAUUGCAUGCUCAAUUUCCUGAACAGUGCUACAAGAACGUUGAUACCAUACAGAAAACUGCUGGUGAUUCUGCGACUACAAAUAUUCCUCAGGAAUCAAAUCCUGUUGCUGCUUCUACUAUCCCCACUAUUUAUCCUCCCAAGAAAAAUGUGGAAUAUUACAGAGAAGUGUCAGUUAUAAAUCGAUCAAGUAAUGUGAUGAGUAGUAGUGUUAGUGAAUCAAAUGGUCAAAAUAUAAACACAAAUUAUCAGCAAGCAAUUGUGAGACAUGUAGAAGGAACUAAUUGUGUUCCUACAAUUACAAGAGCAUCAGAAUGUGUAUCAGGGUCUGUGAUCACUAGAAAUUUACAACAACCCAGUUCUUCAGUUGUGAAACCAAUAUCUAGCCACAGAAGUUAUCAAGCAGUGGAUUUGGUGCCUUGCUUAGAAACUCAAGUCGAUCAGCCCUCAUUACGGAAAUUGUUACAUGAUGUUAAGUGUAGUGAUGGCAGUGAUAUUUUGAAUCUUACAAAUGAUGUUAAUAUGAACAAAAGAUCUUUAUUUACUGAUGAUUUUAGACAUGUAAGUGAUUUGAAAUUUUAUAAACAUAAUGAUGUUGAACAAUUCUACUCAUCCAAAUAUCCUGAUACGCAUGUGCCUGAAACAUCAUUGCCAAAUGCAGAGAAUGAGCACUCAUCCAUUAUUCAUGAAAAAUAUUUAUCAAAUAACUACACUCAAAAGAUUCCUUCAGAAACCUUAAUUUCACAUAAUAAUUGCAAACAUAAUUUUCAGUCUCUAAAUUAUAGCUUCAUUCCACCUUCAUGUGCAGUAUACAGGGACAAUUCCGAUGAGAACUUGUCACAAUACUCGGAAAUCUUACAACCAUCUGAAAUGGAAAAUCGAAAUUCAAAUGUUCUCAAUAAAACUUAUACAGAAAAUUAUGUGUAUAGCACAAAACAUUUUGAUUCUGAUAGUCGACUGAAACUAUUAUCUGGUAUCUCACAUACUGAAGAUGCUUCAUGUGCCCAAGCUGUUGGUCAACCUGUGAUAGUUGGAACUAAAAAGGUAUCCAAUAAUGUGAUUUGUACAAAUUUCAGUUCAUGAUAUUUUCUAAAUAAAGAACUUUGUCUAACUUGUAAUUUAUAUUUUUAUUGAAUUUUGUAACUAUUUUUUUAAUUUUAUUGACAUGAAAACAAGUAAUUCAGUGAUGUACUUGGAAGAGAGAAUUAUGAUCUUGGGCCAUUGUACAAUCAUGGCCAAUUUUGCCCAAAUUAUAACAGCGGAACUCAGAAUAAAACUAAAGUUUUUCAUCAUGG